AUGGCCUCCAUCCUUCGAAAGCUCUUCCGCCGCAAGAAGCAGCCACCGUUGGUCUGCGCCAUCACUCUCGAUGACGAUGGCCACCCUAUCGGCGACGAUCCCAACCACAGACACACAUCUGCGUGUUUCAUCGACUUUGAACCCCUCGCCGUUGUUGAGCUGUUCCAGUCUCAGGGCUGUCAGUCUUGCCCGCCAGCCAUCCCCGGCAUUCACGACGGGUCGAGCCACCCGAACCUCCUUCUCCUCACUUACGAUGUCACCAUCUUCGAUCACUCGGGCUGGAAGGACACGUUUGCUCAGCCCGCCUGGGACCAGCGCCAACGAGCAUACGUCAAGAGGUGGAAUCGCAACAGCCUCUUCACUCCCCAGGUCGUCGUCAAUGGUGCGUCUGACGGUUCCGGUGCGGGCGGCAAGGGCGAAGUCCAAGAGAUCGUGGGCCGCUUUCGCGAGAUGCAACGGGCCAUGGACUGGCACGUCUACCUUGACGUCAAUGACACCGAUGUUCGCAUCGACUCUGACAGAUAUGAGGUGGAGGCCCAUGACAUCCUUCUAGUGCUCUACAAUGCCGGAGAGGAGGUCGUCAAAAUAGGGAAAGGACCCAACAAGGGUAAGAAAGUCAAGCACCGCAACAUUGUUACAAACGUCAUCAAGAUUGGGCUGUGGACUGGCGGAGAUCUCACUGUGCCUCUCCCUUCGCCCAAGUCAUCGAUGGAGCCAGGGCAGGAUGCUGUGAUUCUUCUGCAACAAGGCGCUGGUGGGCCGAUCGUUGCCGUCGCCAAGGUUUGA